UAGGGCCUUCAGUUUUCACCCAGGGGAGCUUCUCUCUGCCUGCACUGGAAAGCCACCCUCAGGGUCUAUUUUCUAGGUCAUUUUGCUGACUCAGCCUAUCACAUGUACUCAGCCCAAGCCUCAAUGUGCCCCUUCCUGUACCAUCAUUGCCAAUAGAGCCAUCUGGCCUGCCCUAAUCCUGUCUGUCUGCUUUAACAGCAUCCGACAGGCCAAAUCCCCCAGCCAGUCCACAGAGCACUGUUGGGCAUCCUCAUGGCCAGCCUUGGGUCUUUGUUUCAGAAACAUUUGAGGUCCUGGAGCCCCAGCUCUCUAAUUAAGCAGACUAGCUACUACCUUUGGCAGGGGAAAGGGAGGAAGAAGGUCAGGCCAGAGGUCUGUGGCAGUGGGGAAUAGUAGCUGGCAGAGCUUAGCCACAUGACCUUUCCUCAACCCAGCCUUCCCUAUGGAAAGACAGAGUGUUCAGGAGGACAGUGUUCCAAGAUUUAGAGAUAGAGGCAGGAAUGAUGAGGCCCCAUGGUGUCUCUCACACACAAGCACACCCUGUGGGCCUCCUUGUGUAGGCCCAUGGAGAGCUCCCGGAGGCCUAAAUACUCUCAGAAAGGCAUGAGCUCAGAAAAAGGCAGACAUUACGUGGGACCCUCUAAGCAGGCCCCCACUCUUGCCUGACCUGCCUCAGGGCUCAUGGAAUCAUGGACAAAGAAGGCUGUAAACCUCCUGUCCAAGUCCCAGAGCCGAAUGUGGGUCAAGGUGGUGCUUGCCUCGUGUCCUCUCCUGUCCAAGCAGUUCCACAGUAGACAGAGCUGUGGGGUAGUGUAUGAGCUGGUUUGUAAUAGUCAAUCUUCCUAAGUCAAGCUUCAUUUUCACCUUUUUUUUUUUUUUAGAAAAAAAAUUCAUGAGGGUCUUCGACAACUUCUGAGAGUGGUACCUAGAGGACAGGAACAUAUGCAAGAAGGAUUUAAGUUGGUAAAUGAGCAAAUGGCAAAAAUCAGCUCCACAGGCAACAACGUGGCCAGCAUAAUUAUUGCUCUGAUGGGUGGACUACUAGAAGAAAUGACAUUUAAGGAGACCAAGGAAGAGGCUGACAAGUGUCGGAGUCGAGGGGCAGUCAUCUACACUGUGGGUGUGCUGGGAUACAACAAACACCAGAUGACAGCCAUUGCAGACUCCCCAGAUUACACAGUUGGGGUGGACACAGGAUUUAAGGAUCUGAAAAACAUUGUUGAGUCGCUUGCUUCCAAGACCUGCAUUGAAAUCACAUCUGUAGAGGCUUCCACUCUGUGUGCAGGAGAAAUCUAUGAAGUGAUUAUUACUGGACAAGGUUUUCAUAAUGCAAAAAGUAGGGACCAGGUUAUUUGUAGAUUCCUGUUCUCAGACAACAUUCACGUGGAUAACAACCCCACCAGUAUGAGCAAAACUUCCAUAAUUUGUCCUGGACCAAUGAUAACACAACCUAAUCAGGAGGUAUUUGUUGAAGUCAGCUUGAACAAUGGUCUCAGCUUCAUUGGGAACCAACACAACAUAACCAGCUCUAACUGUAUUGGAACACUGGGCAACUUUGGAGUUCCUGUCAGCAGCACCGUCAGCAGCACCGUCAGCAGCACCGUCAGCAGCACUAACACUGCUGUCACAGGCAUGAGCGCUGCUGUAAGAAGCGAUGUUAUAACCACUAUCAGCAGCUCUGCCAGACCCUUUGUCAGACAUUCUGUCACUGGCACUUACAGAAUGAUUUCAAAAGUGCCCUUCGACAAGCGCUUGCUUGCUUUGCUGCCACUUUUGCUGCUGAUCCCACUGUGGGUGUACUGUUGCUGGAGAUACUUCUUCAAAGAUAUCAUGAAGCCACCUCCACAAAAGGACCCAGAAGAAGAUAAACCACCUCCUCCACCACCUCCACCACCUAUAAAUACAUGCCCCACAGUGAUCGUCUCCUGUUGUGGGUGUGGACCCAGAGCAGUAGAGGGCGAUCCUGACUCCUGUUGCCAGUAUGUCUACCCAAGCUGCCACCCAAUGCCAAGCUGCCGCCCAAUGCCAUUGACUUGGUAUCAUCCCAGGGACCAGAGGUGCAACAACAUUGUCUUGAUGAAACCUCGUGUUGGACGGGUCCCCUGCAACUCAAAGAUCGUCCUACCACCCCUUAGGGAAUACUGCCAGUUCACACAGGCACCCUGCUCCCCAAAGAUCUGUCUUGCACCAAGCAGGGAGUAUUUCCCCGCCCCACAGGAACUGUGUACCUCAGGGGGGGUCUGUCUUCAACCAGCUCGAGAGUGCUGCUCCAUGCCACAUACACCGUGCACCCCAAGGAUAUGCCUGCAACCCAGCAGGGAUUGCAUUUCCCUCAACAGCUACCCUCAAUGCCAGCAGCCCCCACCUAGAUACUCCCAGUCUUGCUUCAGAAUACUGCCCCUGCUCCCUCCCUCUGCCCGGAAAUCUAUAGAUUCCCUAGGUCACCCUCAGAACCCUCGCCCUACUUCUAAAGGACCCAAAACCUAAGAUUAAGAGGUCUUUGUUGCUGAAUUAGA